CCGGUACCGCGGGUGGCGCUGAGACGCGGCGGGGAUUAAUGUCUCGCUCGUCUGUGCGCAAACACACGUGUGAAGAUGGAGGAAGGCAGUGUACACUUUCAUGAGAUGGGUUUAGAUGAUCGAGUAUUAAAGGCUCUGGCUGAUUUAGGCUGGUCUCAGCCCACCCUCAUCCAGGAGAAAGCCAUCCCGCUGGCGCUUGAGGGGAAAGAUCUGCUGGCCCGAGCUCGAACCGGAUCAGGGAAAACCGCAGCCUACGCGAUCCCCCUCAUCCAAAGAAUCCUCACGUCUAAACAGACUGUACGUGAGCAGGCCGUCAGAGCUCUAGUCCUGGUCCCGACCAAAGAACUGGGUCAGCAGGUCCAGAGCAUGAUCCGACAGCUCACUGCGUUCUGCAGCAGAGACGUGCGCGUGGCCGACAUCUCCGGGAAGGCAGAUAUAUCGGCACAGAAGCCGAUUUUAAUGGAGAAGCCGGACAUUGUGGUGGGCACACCGUCCCGAGUUCAAGCCCACAUCAACGCCCAGAACCUGCAGCUUCAGACUUCAUUAGAGAUGCUGGUCAUCGACGAGGCUGAUCUACUCUUCUCCUUUGGGUUUGAAGCAGACCUUAAAAGCCUGCUGUGUCACUUACCCAAGAUCUACCAGGCGUUCCUCAUGUCUGCGACGCUGAACGACGACGUCCAGGCCCUGAAGGAGCUGGUUCUCCACAAUCCCGUCAUGCUGAAGCUCCAGGGAUCUCAGCUGCCCGACAGCUCUCAGCUCCAGCAGUACAGCGUCCGAUGUGAGGAGGAGGACAAGUUCCUGCUCAUCUACACCCUCCUGAAGCUCGGCCUGGUUCAAGGGAAGUCGCUGGUGUUCGUCAGAGAUGUGGACCGCUGUUACCGGCUCAAGCUGUUUUUGGAGCAGUUCAGCAUCCCUGCGUGUGUCCUGAACUCUGAGCUGCCCAUUCACUCCAGAUGUCACAUUAUCAGUCAGUUUAAUCAAGGCUUCUACAAUUACAUCAUCGCCACCGACGAACAGGGCCUGGAGAAUCCCGCUCGACGUUCCCAGAAAACCCAGGAGAAAGGAAAGAAGAAAAAGAAAGGAAAAGACAAGGAAUAUGGCGUUUCCAGAGGAAUCGACUUCCACAACGUGUCUAAUGUGAUCAACUUUGAUUUCCCCGCUUCAGUCGAGUCCUACAUCCACCGCGUCGGCAGAACGGCUCGUGCGGACAACCCGGGCUCUGCGCUGUCCUUCAUAUCCCACACAGAGCUUGAAAUGCUCGCCGAGGUCGAAAACGCUCUUACUGGAGACGUCACACAUGACAGUGUUUUGAAGCCGUACGGGUUCAGAAUGGAGGAAAUCGAGGGCUUCAGAUACAGAUGUCGGGAUGCCAUGCGAUCGGUGACGAAGCAGGCGGUGAAGGAGGCCAGACUGAAGGAGAUCAAACAGGAGCUGCUCAAUUCAGAGAAACUCAAGACGUACUUCGAAGACAAUCCCAGAGACCUGCAGCUGCUGCGACACGAUAAAGACCUUCACCCCGCCGUCAUCAAACCUCACCUGAAGAACGUGCCGGAUUACCUGAUCCCGACGGCGCUGAAGAGUCUCGUCAAUCCUCUGAAACGACGGAAAAAGAAGAUUAAAGCAGGCGGCGUGAUGCUGAGCAGCUUUAAGAAGAAUAUCAGAGGCAAAAAUCCACUGAAGAGUUUUCGUUACACGAGGAAGAAGCGUGAAAAGAAGGCUGGAAAAUCCUAACAUCACAAAAGCCUGAGAGACAUUGGGAUGGGAUUGAAUCUUGACCGAACUAGUUGAACCGAGACUGUCAUCCUGAUCAUAAAUAUUGUCAUCGAAAUUAUAAAGUCCUUCAGAAUCAGACAUGCAUGAGAUGAGGAUUCCUGUCUCACUGCUUGUGUGAAGUGAUUUUGGUGAAUAUUGAAUGUUUCAUUAAUACUAAUACUCUAUACUUCAUAAAGUGUCUUGUUCUGAUUUGGUUUAUAAAGGUUGGGUGCUUAAACGUGUUUUCAGCUGAUUUACACCACAAAAUUGCACAAGUACUUAACAAAUGUAUAUUUUUAAUACUAUAUAAUUAUAUAAACCCAAUAAUUUAAUCAUUGUCGAAAGAAUGCAUCAACAUGUUUUAUUAUUUUUAAUAACAUGGGUUCAUUUUUGGUUUUUACAUAUAGUUGUCAUAAGAAUUCAGGGAGAAAAUUAAAAGUAUCACCGCAAAAAGUCCUCAAAAAUAGGCUUAAUUAAAUAUAAUGUCUUUUUACUUAAGUUAAAUCAUUUGACUGUUUAUAAGUACUUAACAUUUACAUUUACAGUAGUUUUUCAGCUGAUAUAAACCUUUUGACAGAAUGCUUUUAUAUCUGUAUUAAAUGCAGAAAUGGAGUUGUAAUUUGAUUUUGACAUCAACUACUCAUUUGAUCACAUGACUCGCUGUGAUGCAGGUUAUUGGAUGGAAACCAAUGAAAGGCAUGUUUUGUUAAUGCCAAGUAUUUAUUAAUCAACAUAUUCAACAUUAGUACAAUUAAACAGUAUGUGAAGGGGAACAACUAGUCUCAGACAUCACUUAAUGCUCGUGUUCUUCAUAAAUGAGUCGGUUUGAUUUAGCAAUUACCAGAAAAAGGCACCUCAAAUGUGUUCACACUACAUCAUUAGUGGGUUAGUUAGUAGAUGUGAAGUGUAACUUGACAGGACAUUGCUGAGGGCAGAUAGAAGCACACAGAUUGAACACACACUCAUUUAGAUAUCAAUGUAACACUGUCAUGUUUCCUGUGCUUCACUGAACAUAAACGUCUACACACACGACGCUCUCAAUGAAUGUAUAAAAAGCACAACUUUAGUGUCUGAGCAUGUCAUAGUGAUGAGUUUUAGAUGUACAGAUUCUCCAGUUCAACAUGUUAAUCACACAAAACCUUCCUCUCGUGCCGGCUGGGACAGACACACUCACUGAAUCCCACAGGAAAAACAAAACAAAAAACAUGUCUGGGUCAUUUAAAAAAAAAAAAAAAAAAAAAA